AUCAAAGUAGCAGGAGCAGCAGCACCGGCUGGAGCGCGACUUGGCCAUUAGCACAGGUGCGAGAGGACACUAGUGAACCCAUACAAAAAUGAAGCUAUCAAAGAUAUCAACCAUCAUCGUCUGCUGCUUUUUAUUUUUGACUUGCGUCUCAUCUGUGCCAGCACCCCAAGAACCAUUUUUCGAACUCCCAGUACAGUUGGUGGGCUUUCCUGUCAUCAUUGCCGCCGUUAGAAUUUCAAAUUUCGUGAAAAAAUUAGCUUAUUCACUAAAUCCACAAACUUAUGCAAGCAGAACCAAAAGAUACAGCCCCAAAAUACACGACGAAGAAAUUUUGGAUGUUGCACAAGUUGAAAAGAAGAUUAUAGAAAAACUCGGAGUAAAUGUCUGCAUUUACGAGAGGAUAUGUGCGAAGUAUGCUGAUGAGACUCUUCAUAAGAGGGGCAGAGAACAUAUACUCAACUGGGAUGACGUAUUUAGUCAGUAUAAAUCUUCACCGGAUCCAGUGAAGGAGAGCUACUUGUUGAGCGUAUUCAUGGGCAACAUCAUCGGUAGUCCACGGCUCUGUCACCAGCUGGCGAAACGAGGAAGAGAAUGCAAGAUCCCACUGUCAGAUUGAUGGCGUCAUGAUAAAUUCUGCGGCUACCGUACCUUCGCUAAUCUUCGCGUUUGUCAAUUUAGGGCUUUAUUGUGCUUUUUUUCAAAGGAAUUCAUUGACGAUACUUGGUUAAUAUUUACUUAUAAAUUUUGAUCUUUGUGUUACUUAAAACAAAAAUUUUUGUGUCUCAUGACAUAAUGUUUUGGAUCCUUCGGAAACAAACACGAAUCCAACAGCAUAAAUGUAUAUAUAGAGUACCUUUCUACAGGAAUAAGUAAGUUAUAUUUUUUGAUACACCACACAAACCAAACAACUUUUUGGAGUAGCGUAUUAGCAAACGCGAGAGAUUACCACUUGGAGUUUUUCUUCUCAAGUGAAGUAAUUACGCUUCUUUUUUUUUAAUUUUUUUUUUACUACUUCUACAGUGCAUCAUACUCUCGUUUAUGUUUUUUUUAUCGAGUAAGUGCGACAGACGUCGAUUGCCAAUUAUUAAUUUCAAACAACAUGGCGAUGAGAUACACUGUGAUUAUAAUAAUUAUAAUGGUUCGCAAGUCCGUCCAUUUUUUUAAGACCUCUUGACUUCCUGUUUUUCUAUAAAACCAAAUAAUUGAUCAAGAAUUUCAGCGUUCAUAGUGGGGAGAGGGGAUGUUGAAGAUAUACUUGGGGGUAUUUUCAUAAGUCGCUGGUAUGAUGAUUAAUGGAUAUUUGGUUUCUUCUUUCGAUAAAUGCCAUGGUCAAACAA